CACGGAGCCCUACUUCAUCGCCAUCUUCUGCUUUGAGUCGGGUAUCAAGAUCCUGGCGCUGGGCUUCGCGCUGCACAAGGGCUCGUACCUGCGCAACGGCUGGAACGUCAUGGACUUCGUGGUCGUGCUCACCGGGAUUUUAUCAUCCCUGCGCUCUUACAUUGACCUGAGGACCCUCCGAGCCGUUCGAGUGCUGCGGCCUCUCAAACUGGUGUCGGGAAUCCCCAGCCUGCAGGUGGUGCUCAAGUCCAUCAUGAAGGCCAUGAUCCCGCUGCUGCAGAUCGGCCUGCUGCUGUUCGUGGCCAUCCUGAUGUUCGCCAUCAUCGGCCUGGAGUUCUACAUGGGGAAGUUCCACACCACCUGCUACGAUGACAUCACGGGCGAGAUCGUGGACAAGGUUCCAUGCGGCCUCAAGUUGCCGUCCAGGCUGUGCCCCAACGGCACCACGUGUCGGGACGGCUGGAUCGGGCCCAACUACGGCAUCACGCAGUUUGACAACAUCCUGUUCGCCGUACUCACCGUCUUCCAGUGCAUCACCAUGGAAGGCUGGACCGAGAUGCUCUACUUCAGUAACGACGUGGAGGGCAGCGCGUGGAACUGGAUGUACUACAUCCCGCUCAUCAUCAUCGGCUCCUUCUUCAUGCUCAACCUGGUGCUGGGCGUUCUCUCUGGCGAGUUUGCCAAAGAGCGAGAGCGCGUGGAGAACCGCAGCGAGUUCCUCAAGCUCCGGCGACAGCAGCAGAUCGAACGCGAGCUCAACGGCUACCUGGAGUGGAUCUGCAAAGCAGAGGAGGUGAUCCUGGCAGAGGAGGACGGCGCGGGAAACUUUGACGGUUCCCGGCGACGGCCGACCAUGAAGUCGAAGAGCAACAAGACGGAGCUGCUCAACACGGAGGAAGGCUUCGCCCGCUCCAGCAUCAAGAGCGGCAAAGAUGGCUCCAGCUACAGCAAGAAGGAGAAACGGCUGCGCUUCUUCAUCCGCAAGAUGGUCAAGACGCAGGCCUUCUACUGGACCGUCCUGUGCCUGGUGGGCCUCAACACCAUGUGCGUGGCGGCCGUGCACUACGACCAGCCCGAGCUGCUCUCCGACUUCCUGUUCUAUGCGGAAUUUAUUUUCCUGGGUUUGUUCAUGUCCGAGAUGCUGAUCAAGAUGUACGGCCUCGGCAUUCAGCCCUACUUCCACUCCUCCUUCAACUGCUUUGAUUGUGUGGUGAUCAUGGGCAGCAUCUUCGAGGUGAUUUGGGCCACCAUCAAGCCCGGCACGUCUUUCGGGAUCAGCGUGUUGCGGGCGCUGAGGCUUCUGAGAAUCUUCAAGGUCACCAAGUACUGGGCUCCUCUGCGCAACCUGGUGGUGUCCCUGCUCAACUCCAUGAAGUCCAUCGUCAGCUUGCUCUUCCUCCUCUUCCUCUUCAUCGUGGUCUUCGCCCUGCUGGGCAUGCAGCUCUUCGGCGGCCAGUUCAACUUUGAGGACGGAACGCCGCCCACCAACUUUGACACUUUUGCGGCGGCCAUCAUGACGGUGUUUCAGAUCCUGACGGGAGAGGACUGGAACAUGGUCAUGUACAACGGUAUCGAGUCUCAAGGGGGCGUCAACGACAAGGGCAUGAUCUUCUCCAUUUUCUUCAUUGUCCUCACCCUCUUCGGCAACUACACGCUGCUCAAUGUCUUCUUGGCCAUCGCCGUGGACAACCUUGCCAACGCCCAGGAGCUCACCAAGGAUGAGGAGGAGCAAGAGGAGGCGGCCAAUCAGAAGACGGCGCUGCAGAAGGCCAAGGAGGUGGCCGAGGUCAGCCCGCUUUCGGCCGCCAAUCUCUCCAUUGCCGCUAAGGAGCAGCAGAAGAAUCACGCCAAGGCGGGCGGCAAGUCGGUGUGGGAGCAGCGUACCAGCGAGAUCCGCCGGCAGAACCUGAUGACCAGCCGAGAGGCGCUCUACAACGAGCUGGAGCAGGACGACUGGAAGGUGGGAGGCGAGGGGGAGGAGGUUUCGUUCGCACGGAAAGGCCGUGGCGACAUGAAGACCCACUUGGACCGUCCCCUGGUGGUCAACCCCCAGGACAACCGCAACAACAACACCAACAAGACUCCCCCCGGCCAGCUGCCCCUGGACCAGGAAUACCGGCAGCAGGACCUGGACCACACCCACCGCGCCACCCACCACCACCAUCACCACCACCACCACCACCACCAUCGCCACCACCAUCGCCACCAGAGGGCUGACCCAUCGGAAUCGCUUGGUCAAGAGCAACCGGUGGCGGCCAACGACGCGGGACAAGAGGCCGGCAACCAGGAAGGGCAGCAGCCGGAGGAAAGGCACGGCCACAGGAGCCACCGGGGGCACCGACACCGGAACCGGUGCGACGGUUGCAGUGCGUCCCCUCAUCACGCCGGCACCACCGAGGGCAACAAUGAGCAGCGCAGGGCCAGGCAUCACUGCAAGGCCGCCAAGGAGGGCGAGCCCGGCAGGAGGCGCAAGUCCAAGGGAGCCGAAGCGGACGGAGACAAGGGCGAAGACGGGGAGUGUCGCAAGACUCGACGACAUCGUCAUGGCAACCCGGAUAGAAGCAGAGGACAUCGCUCCAGAAAGUCAAUGGAGCACCAAGGCGCCGGUCCCAGCCUGUCCACCGUGCGGCCCAUCCAGCAACGCAACGAGGACCUGGACAACUUGCGCAACAACAGCAAGCUGGCCAGUCGGCCGUACGACCUGCCGCCGCCUGACGAGCCGGAGCACAUCAACAACCUGCUCAACUGCUGCGACGCCGACACCCACACUCUCCUGCGCAGCAUGGACAGCCUGAUCCUGAGCAGCAUGGCCAAACCGGACUAUACCAGCAUUGACAUGCCGCCCGUCUACCCUUACCCGUCAACCAACGCCAUCCUGCAAGUGAACAAGAACGCAAACACGGACCAGAAGAAGGAGGAGAAGAAGGAGAACGGUAACGACGACGGCGACGAUGACGGACCCAAGCCCAUGCCGCCUUUCAGCUCUUGCUUCAUCUUGUCGACCACCAACCCCUUCAGGAGGUGCUGCCACUACAUCCUCACCCUGAAAUACUUUGAGUUUAGCAUCCUGUCCGUCAUCGCCAUGAGUAGCAUUGCACUCGCAGCGGAAGACCCGGUGUCGCCGGACUCGCCGCAAAAUAACGUGUUGCGCUACUUUGACUAUGUCUUCACUGGCGUCUUCACUUUUGAAAUGCUCAUCAAGAUGGUGGUGCUGGGCCUGUUCCUCCAUCAAGGCUCCUACUUCCGCGACCUGUGGAACAUUCUGGACUUUAUAGUGGUUAGUGGUGCUCUGGUGGCCUUCGCCUUCACGAGCGGCACCCGGGGAAGCAGUAAGGGCAAAGACAUCAGCACCAUCAAGUCGCUGCGAGUGCUGCGGGUUCUGCGUCCUCUCAAGACUAUCAAGAGACUCCCCAAGCUCAAGGCCGUGUUUGACUGCGUGGUGAAUUCUCUGAAGAACGUCCUCAACAUUUUGAUCGUCUACAUGCUGUUCAUGUUCAUCUUCGCCGUGGUGGCCGUGCAGCUGUUCAAGGGUCGCUUCUUCUAUUGCACCGACGUUUCCAAAGAGUUUGAGCGCGACUGCAGGGGCGAGUUUCUCAUGUAUGACAGGGAUGAGGUUCGAGCGCAGAAGCGCGAGUGGAAGAAGUACAAUUUUCACUACGACAACGUGGCUUGGGCCCUCCUCACACUCUUCACUGUCUCCACUGGAGAAGGGUGGCCACAGGUGUUGAAGGCCUCCGUGGAUUCCACUUACGAGAACCAGGGCCCCAGCCCAGGCUACCGCAUGGAGAUGUCCAUCUUUUACGUGGUGUACUUCGUGGUCUUCCCCUUCUUCUUCGUCAACAUCUUCGUGGCCCUCAUCAUCAUCACCUUCCAGGAGCAAGGCGAUAAGAUGAUGGAGGACUACAGCCUGGAGAAGAACGAGAGGGCCUGCAUCGAUUUCGCCAUCAACUCCAAGCCGCUGACGCGCCACAUGCCCAAGAACAAGCUCAGCUUCCAGUAUCGCAUGUGGCAGUUUGUGGUGUCCACGCCCUUCGAGUACAGCAUCAUGGCGCUCAUCGCGCUCAACACCAUCGUACUCAUGAUGAAGUUUGACGGCGCCUCGGAAACGUACGACGAUGUCCUGCAGAACCUCAAUAUCGUCUUCACCACUUUCUUCUUCUUGGAGUCCAUCCUGAAGCUGGUCGCUUUUGGCCCUCUGAAUUUCUUCAGAGAUGCCUGGAACAUUUUUGACUUUGUCUCCGUGCUGGGGAGCAUCACGGACAUUUUGGUGACAAAAUUAGGGGUAAGUGGGCUUAAGUCGUGCCAAAGCAACACCUGCGCCAUCCUUGUGUUGUGGAUUAUGAGAAUGCGAAUGGUCAUCGGUGAAGUUUUACAGAAGCAUCAGUAUCUCAUACGAUUCUCGUCUGUGUUGUUUUGAGAUCCCUCUCUGGUGUCCACUCAGCAGCUGUUAGCUUAGCGGCUAAAUCUUGCUAGCAAACGAGAACGCUAACGGCUGUCAAACAAACUGAAAAUAAACGCGCACAAACAAAAUAAAUAUUGGAAUGUUUAAGAUGUUGUUCGGGCGUUGCCAUCUUGGAACGGACGGAGCUGUUAAUGCCAAAGCUAGCUUUACAGACGUCUGCCUUCGCUAAUGCCAAGCUAACAGACAAGUGCGUCAACUACACGCCCGUGACUCCAAGGAGGGCCUUGAAUUUCUGCUAACUUUUUGCCAUAGUGACUUAAUGAGCCUUAUAAUGACUCACUCUUCUUCUUCUUCUUGUCUUUUUCUUUUCUUUAACUUCUCUGAAAAAAAAUCUAUUCCAUCCAAUCCCCUCCGCCCCCCUUCCCCAAAAAUGCACUAUGAAACCUUUCAUCGUGUUGUCUUUCAUCCGCAUUGCUGCUGAUGAUGAUGAUUUUGAUGAUGAUGAUGUCAUGUUUGUCAUGUGACCAUGCCCCAAUCAUGACACAUGAUG